AUGAGGAAGAAGGUUACAGCGUGGACGGAAGUGGAUGGAGAAUGGGGAUGCCACUGCGUUGACUCCUGUUGUGAGAAAGAAAUCUGCUAUGCAUGGGGAGACCCACACACCUGUACCCCUGACGGAAGGGUAUAUCACUUCCAGGGUCCGUGCAGAUACACGUUCGCCAAGGAUUGCCUAAAUGGCGAUUUUAAUGUAGAAGUUCAACAAGUACCAUCACACUGGAGGCCAACCGUUUCACUUGUGCGAGAAGUGUACGUCAUGGCAUACGGAUACACAAUAACUAUUAAACAAGGCAGAGUUGUGACGGUGGACCCCCCACCGCCUCCCUCGCCUGCCACGCUCCCCUUCAGCCUAGCAGGUGGCAAUAUCGUGGUCAGGCUGAGCGGCAGGUUUGUCCGAAUAGAGUUGACAGCAUUGUGCGUGGUGAUUUUCUACGAUGGAAGUCACCACAUUAAGGCGGAGAUUCCAAGUAACUAUAAGAGCAACCUGUGUGGACUGUGCGGUAACUACAACGGUAUAGCGAGCGAUGACUAUUUGAUGCCGGAUGGGACACUCGCCUUGAACUGGAACGAUUUCGGGAAUAGCUGGGAGGUCACCAGCGAAUCUUGUCAGGGUGACCGUCCGACCGGUGAACCCCCGACACAAGGACCGUGUGACCCGGUGUUUUCGGACCAGUGUAAUGUGCUUACAGAUACAAACGGCCCGUUUGCUGAAUGCCAUGGUUUCGUAGAUCCUGGGACAUACUUGGAAACCUGCGUCUUCGACAUUUGUGAAACGGAAGGAGCUAUCUUUUGUGAGAACCUGGAGACGUAUUAUGACGCUUGUCUGGCUGCAGGCGGGACUCCCUUUGAUUGGCGGACGCCAACCAAUUGUCCUAUGGAUUGCCCAGCAAACAGCGCAUACUCUCCAUGCACAACCGCCUGUCCUGCGAGCUGUCCAGACCCCAACCCCACCUGUACUGAGGCUUGUGUAGAAGGCUGCGUGUGCAAUGAUGGUUUCAUACUAAGUGGACUGGAAUGCGUCCCCCUUGCCGACUGUGGUUGCAUAGACGAAAAUGGGUUCUAUCAUGCACUCGGAGCACAAUGGGGAACACCAGACGGAAGACGAUGCGAAUGCACUGUGGGAGGGAACAUCGAAUGUGAGCAAGUGUCCUGUGAUGAAGCUGCAGGUUACAGCUGGACCCUCGUGGAUGGAGUAUGGGGCUGCAACUGCGUUGACUCCUGCUGUGAGAAAGAAAUCUGCUAUGCAUGGGGAGACCCACACACCUGUACCCCUGACGGAAGGGUAUAUCACUUCCAGGGUCCGUGCAGAUACACGUUCGCCAAGGAUUGCCUAAAUGGCGAUUUUAAUGUAGAAGUUCAACAAGUACCAUCACACUGGAGGCCAACCGUUUCACUUGUGCGAGAAGUGUACGUCAUGGCAUACGGAUACACAAUAACUAUUAAACAAGGCAGAGUUGUGACGGUGGACCCC